AUGAUGUACAAUGUACGGCUAAAGAUGGAAACCCCGAGGAACACACGAAAUAGCAAUCAAAACGGGAAUAAAAAUUAUCUCUUCAAGAUACAGGCGGGCGCCUUUGUAGGCCACCACAAUUCCUUGACGAUGCUUCAACAUCCUUUGAGGCCCAGUUUAGAGAAACUAGACGGCUCGGCUUUCGAGCUGUACGCCAACAGGCAGGUCUUCCACCAUGGUCAAAUCCUACUUGUAAUCGCCUCGAGCACGUCGAACCUCGUGUGGACCCCGAAUUCGCGAGCGGGAACCGGCGCCGGCCAGGCCAUCGUUGCCGCGAACGAGCAGGUGCUCUGCUGGGACAUCAAGAAGGGCGAGCUCCUGAGCCGCUGGAGAGACGAGAAAUGCUCUUCCCCGGUCACUGCUAUCGCCCGUAGCAAGGCCGACCCCGACAUCUUUGCGGUUGGCUACGACGAUGGCAGCAUUCGCCUCUGGGAUAGCAAAAUCGCCGCCACCAUUGUCAGCUUCAAUGGCCACCGCUCCGCCAUCACCGUCCUGACCUUUGACAAGUCCGGGGCCCGCCUCGCUAGCGGUUCGAGGGAUACCGACGUCAUCAUAUGGGAUCUUGUGGCCGAGGUCGGCCAGGUCAAGCUGCGCGGCCACAAGGAUCAGGUCACCGGCGUUCGCUUUGUCGAGCCUGAUCCGGUGGUUCAAGAUGCCGAUGACUCCGAAGAGGCCAUGGCUGUUGAUACCGAGUCGGAGGCGGAGGGGUUUCUCCUCACCACCGGAAAGGACUCCCUAAUCAAGCUUUGGGAUCUUUCUUCUAGGCACUGCAUAGAAACGCACAUUGCGCAGUCAAACGGCGAGUGCUGGGCGCUGGGCUUAUCUCCCGACUAUAGCGGCUGCGUCACGGCGGGCAACGGCGGCGAACUCAAAGUGUGGUCCCUCGAUACCCUGGCGUUGGCGGCGUCCUCGCAGCAGGUAGACGCGACGCACACUACAAAAUAUCUCCAGGACCGAGGCACCCUUAUCCGAAAGUCCAACGAUAGGGGCACCGAGAUCGUCUUCCACCCGCGCCGCGACUACUUUGCCGUCCACGGCCCCGAAAAGGCGGUUGAGGUCUGGCGCAUACGGCCAGAGGCGGAAAUCAAAAAGGUUCUGGCCCGCAAGCGGAGGAGAAGACGAGAGAAGCUAGACAAGAAGGCUGGUGCGGAUGCGGAUGCCGACGCGGCCGAGGACGCCGAGGACGUCUCGAGCGCGACGGUGAGCGACGUCUUCGUCCACUACGUCACGGUGCGCACCAGCGGAAAGGUCCGCUCGAUUGACUGGGCCGUCAACGGCGGUGUCAAGGAUCUCCAACUCGUCGACAAGUCCUCCAAGUCGAAAGAUGAGGCCCCCGACUACGCAAAAUCUCUCGCCGUCGAACUCCCCGGGCAUAGGGCCGACGUUCGUGCUCUGUCUCUGAGUUCCGACGACAAGAUGCUCGCGUCAGCGGCCAACGGAAGCCUAAAGAUUUGGAAUGUCCGAACUCAAAUGUGCAUCCGAACGUUCGAAUGCGGCUACGCUCUAUGCUGUGCGUUCCUCCCCGGUGACAAGGUCGUGGUCGUGGGGACCAAGGCGGGCGAGCUCCAGCUAUUCGAUGUCGCCUCCGCGAGCUUGCUGGAUAGCGUCACCGCCCAUGAGGGAGCCGUCUGGUCCCUCCAAGUUCACCCCGACGGCCGGUCCAUGGCGUCAGGCAGUGCCGAUAAAUCCGUCAAGUUAUGGAACUUUCAAAUCGUGCAGGAAGAGGUUCUUGGAACUACCCGCACAACUCCGCGGUUAAAGCUUGCGCAAUCAAAGGUGCUCAAACUCACAGACGAUGUCUUCUUUGUCGAUACCCUCAAGCUUUACCUGAACCUCUACGGCCACAAGCUACCGGUUUUGAGCAUGGACAUCUCCUACGAUAGCAAGUUGAUCAUCACAAGCUCGGCGGACAAGAACAUUAGGAUAUGGGGUUUGGACUUUGGCGAUUGCCACAAGGCCUUGUUUGGGCACCAAGACAGUAUUCUUCAGGUGGCCUUUGUGCCGCACAACUCGGACGGCAACGGUCACCACUUCUUCAGCAGCAGUAAGGACCGAUCCAUAAAAUACUGGGACGGCGACAAGUUUGAGCAGAUUCAGAGGCUGGAUGGCCACCAUGGCGAGGUCUGGGCGCUCGCUGUUGGUCACAGCGGUCAGUUCCUGGUUAGCGCGGGCCACGACAAGGGAAUCAUCGUGUGGGACGAGACGGAGGAGCAAAUCUUCCUCGAGGAAGAGAGGGAAAAGGAGAUUGAAGAGCUCUACGAAAGCACCCUUACGGCGUCUCUCGAAAAAGAUGAGGAUGCCGGGGAUAAAGAAGCCGAGACCGCCGCAGCCAGCAAACAGACGGUGGAGACGUUGAUGGCGGGAGAACGGAUCGCCGAGGCCCUCGAGAUGGGCAUGGCGGAUCUCAACCUUUGA